AUGGCAUCUCUAUCCUCAGUUAACGUCCUCACUCUCCCUCUCUCGUCCAUCCACCUCCUAGUCUUCCUGAGCAGCCCCUCAAUCACCACCUGCAUUAAAUCACCCCCGGAAGUAGGGCAGCAACAACCAACACAGACAUCCCCACCAGAAGGGGCAUCUCAGGGCUCAGAAUCAGACAGGGUCAUAAAUCUCCCAGGACAGCCCUCAGCCCCUUCCAUCUCUCACUUCUCAGGCUACAUCACAGUCAAUGAGGCCCACGGGAGGGCCCUCUUCUACUGGUUCUUUGAGGCCCAGUCUCAGCCUUCACAGAGACCUCUUCUUCUCUGGUUCAAUGGAGGGCCUGGUUGUUCGUCGGUUGGGUAUGGUGCUGCCGUGGAAUUGGGGCCCCUCAGAGUAAACACCAAUGGGCCUGACCUUCCCUACAACAAAUAUGCUUGGAAUCAAGGGGCAAAUCUGCUGUUUGUGGAGUCACCAGUUGGAGUUGGGUUCUCUUACACCAACACAUCUUCUGAUCUGUCCAUGCUGGAUGAUGCCCUCGUGGCUGAGGAUGCAUACAGCUUCUUAGUGAAUUGGCUUCAAAAGUUCCCACAGUUCAAGACCCAUGAUUUCUUCCUUGCUGGAGAGAGCUAUGCAGGUCACUAUGUUCCUCAGCUAGCUGAGCUAAUCUAUGACAGAAACAAAGACACAGCUAAAUACACACCAAUCAACCUCAAAGGCUUCAUUGUAGGGAAUCCAGAAACAAAUGACUACUAUGACUACAAGGCCGUGCUCGAGUAUGCAUGGAGCCAUGCUGUGAUCUCGGACCAGCUCUAUGACAAAUGCAAGCGAGCCUGCGAUUUCAAAGUCUACGACUGGUCUGACGAGUGCAACAAGGGCAUGUACACCGUGUUCAUGACCUACCAGCAAGAGAUCGACAUCUACAACAUCUACGCCCCGCAAUGCCUCCUCAACUCCUCCUCCAUGUCUUAUUCUCUGUCUCACACAAGUGAAAGCCGCAUCGAGCCACGCACCAAGGUGAAUGGAUAUGGUUUGAGGAGGAUGAGAAUCCCAGGAGGGUAUGACCCGUGUUUCACUCAGUAUGCAGAGAUGUACUUCAACAGACAAGAUGUUCGAUCUUCUCUCCACGUGAGAGCAGCCAAUCCCACCAUUAACUUGAAGGCCUGCAAUGAAUCCUUGGGAGAUACGUAUGACUACUCGGUGUUCUCGGUACUGCCAAUCUACAGCAAACUCAUCAAAGGUGGACUCAAAAUAUGGGUGUACAUCGGCGACGCGGACGGUAGAGUGCCGGUGCUUGGGACGAGGUAUUGCGUAGAAGCUCUCGGACUCUCUAUUAAAUCUCCUUGGCGUUCGUGGUACCAUGACCAUCAGGUUGGAGGGAGGAUAGUGGAAUAUGAAGGAGGAUUGACACUAGUGGCAGUGAGAGGUGCAGGUCACUUGGUGCAUCUGAACAAGCCCAGUGAAGCUCUUGCCCUCUUUCAUUCUUUCUUGACUGGUCAAGAUCUCCCCAAGCAGAGAUAAAUCUUUUUAUUUUAAUUUUUUUUGCUUUCUUUUUAUUUUUCCUGUGG